CAUGUAAUGUAAUGAUACAGAAGAAUUAGAAUGGCUUGAUAAAAAAUGGUAAUAGUUUAGAUCGUCUCAUAACUUUGAAAACUUAAAAUACAUAUCUUAUUAUGUGUACAUGGUGUUAGGAUGCGUUAUAAGUUGUUACGAUGUGUAAGGAGGUGUCAGGAAUUGUUCAAAGGUGAAUGAAAAGUUUGUGUCAGUAACAGGUGAAACAAAAAUUGAGUUGACACCAAGGAUGUGUGCCCCUACUAUGCGGCAACAUUUACGAACCGGUUUGACUGUUUGGUUGCCAUUUCGUAGGCGCGGAGGUGCCGCUGCCGUGCAGCAACCUAUUCUAGUUGUGUUGUCGGGUCGGUUGCCAUCUUAUAGGCGCAGUGCUGCCCCUACGGUGCGGCAACCAUUGUGGCCGGUUUGUUGUUUCGGUUGCUAUGUUGUAGGCGCAAGUGGUUUCCCCGUUACGCGGGAACCUAUUCGAACUGUUUUGUCGGUUGGGUCGUCUUCUCGUAGGCGCAGGAAUGUCCCCGGAAUGCGGCAGGAAAAUUUAUCUCGUUUUUCAUUUCGGUUGUCUUGAAGUUGCUGCAUGCUUGAAUUCGCAACUACUGCGUUAAAUGAAACAAUCUUUGAUAAUCUAAUUCCAACUGUAAUUGUAUCAAUUACAAUUUUGUUUUAUUAAUAAUUAUCUAAUAAUAAUUUUAGAAUUUUAUUAUAGUAUAUAUUAAUACUUUCUGUAUGUGAGUUUUGUUUUGAUUAGUACAGUUAGGAAAGAACCACCUUAAAAAUAAAAAUUUGACGUUUACAUACGUUCUGUUUUAUUUUACAUUUUGUCCAUUUCGAAAGGCUGAACAUAGAACAUAUGUAUAUUCUAGUAUAGUGUCCUGUACUUGAAAUCCUGAACAAUAAACGCCACCUUCGUUCCAUUUCGCGUUUGUUUACUCGAUGGUCGCGAAAUCCAUCGGAGGUUAACGCUAAGUGCUCGAAAGAUGUAAUAAAGUUACCUUACAAUUCAAAGAUCGGGAAGCCAAAUCCAUUCGUCGCUUUCGAAGAACAGGACCUCGAACGUCGUUCAUCAUGGGCGAAAUCAUGCAGCACUGGAUACAAGCGAGGCUGGGCAUCAUGAUAGACCUAACGCCAGACGUUUUUGGGCACUACACCAAGGACGGUAGAUUGCUCUCGAAAAUUCUGUACAGCUACGACGUGAUAAACCGCGAUCAGCUGGAGACGAUCAUGGAGACGCAAGAUCCUGCCCUGUGCAGAGUGAACCUUAGGCAUCUGAAGGUCUGGCUCCGCUUUCUAGGCAUCGAGUGCGACAACGAGAGCAUCGUGGAGAUCUCCUGCGGCAAGGGCACCACGUCUCUGCGGUUGUUCUACAAGGUCUACCUCUGUUUGGAGAGCAAGGAUAGGCUGCACUUUAUUACCCUGCAGAAGGAAAGGGAGAAAUACGUACCCACGUCGAAGAAGUUCGAGGUGACUGCAGUCAACGAGGAUCCUCCGCCUUACCAACCUCCAGACCACCCUCUUGCGAAGAAACUCGUGGAGGGGAAGAAGACCAUCGAGGAUCACCGUUUCAAGUUUCCCAUAGCUCUUCGAAGACUCAAACGGGAGAGAGACAAGCUACAAACUUGGAACUCAUAUCCCAUCGUGCAGCCCGUCGAACACUGCGUUGCCGAGGUACCUACAAGGUAGCGAAAGGUAGCGUGACACAAAGCAGCAAUGUAGAGUGUUCUUGGAAAUUGGCUCCAUUGUUUGCAGGUAGGUUAACAAUACUCGCGAAAAGACAUCAAACUUUCAAAUCGAGGUCUUCUAAAAUUCAACAGUGUUGGCGGGUUGCGCGGAAGGCUGCAUAGGCAUGCAACAGUGUACCAAUAAAUUAAAGGAAAAUAAAAUCCUAUUUCAUUCGUCAAAUAGGAAACCCGCAAACAGAUGGGUCAUUAUAUAAGAACAUCCAGUAUCUAUCACGAACACUCGCGUCAUCUUGAACAUUUUCCCUACUUUCCACGGCCUUGAUCUGUCUUUCUCUCGCAGACAUCCGACCCAGUGGAUACACUCAAGGAAGAGAGCGCGGAAUUGGAUCGUUUCGCACGCAAGCACCGAAUAAAAUCGCAGAAAUUCGAGGAAUACGACGACACCUUUGGCAAGGAAUUCGAGGAA